CUCCGCCUCUCUCUAGUGGGGCGCUAGCGGGUCUGAUUGCCGGCUGUAGCGACUAGCGAGCAGUCAGCGGUUCGUUCGCGUACAGUCGGCUUAUUCUCUUUGCAGCGGGCCCGCACACAGGCGCUAGCGGCACGAUACAGGACACGCACACGGUGAAUGAAGAGUCUGACACUUCGUCGUUUUUGUGCAACAUGGAAGUUUUUUCACAUCUAAUCCUCCAGAGCCAAAGGAACAUUAGAAAACAAAGCCUGAUACGUAGCAAAUAGCAAAGACUUUAGACCGAGACUCUCGGCCCCUCUUCAGUUUACUGCCUAUUUAAUUUUAUAGUAAUUUAUUGGAAUAUUUUCAUACCUCAUAUCUUUUCCGUUUACAUUUUAAUUAUUUUAUUAGUGGUUUUUUUUGUUUUUUUUUUUUAAUCAAUUUUUUUUAUCUUGAGCCAAAACAAAACAUGGAAUCCACAACAGCUUUUAGUGCCGUUACCAGUGCCCUUGGCAUCCAGGGUGGUCCCAUGGUAGAAUACCUUUGGAUGCUCGUGCUGGGCUUCAUCAUAGCGUUUGUGUUGGCGUUCUCGGUGGGCGCCAAUGAUGUCGCCAACUCCUUCGGCACAGCGGUUGGCUCCGGGGUGGUUACCCUGCGGCAGGCGUGCAUCCUGGCAUCUAUCUUUGAGACGGUGGGAUCUGUCCUGCUGGGGGCUAAAGUGAGCGAGACUAUCCGCAAAGGCCUGAUCGACGUCAACAUGUACAACUCUUCUCAGCAGCUGCUAAUGGCGGGUUCCAUCAGCGCUAUGUUUGGUUCCGCUGUAUGGCAGCUUGCAGCUUCUUUCCUGAAACUCCCGAUCUCCGGAACCCACUGCAUCGUAGGGGCCACCAUUGGCUUUUCUCUCGUCGCUAAAGGACCGCAGGGGGUCAAGUGGUCUGAACUUCUUCGCAUUGUGCUUUCCUGGUUUAUCUCACCGCUUCUCUCCGGCAUCAUGUCUGCUCUCCUGUUUUUCCUCGUCCGAAUGUUCAUCCUCCGCAAGGCGGAUCCUGUUCCCAACGGCCUGCGAGCUCUUCCGGUCUUCUACGCCUCCACGAUCAGCAUAAACCUGUUCUCCAUUAUGUACACCGGUGCCCCCCUGUUGGGAUUUGACAAGAUUCCCUUGUGGGGCAUCAUCCUGAUCUCGGUUGGCUGUGCGGUGAUCUGCGCUCUGUUUGUCUGGUUCUUCGUCUGCCCCAGGAUGAAGAGAAAGAUAGAACGUGAAAUCAAGAGCAGCCCGUCGGUGUCUCCGCUGAUGGAGAAGAAGAAGAGCAGGGAGCUCUGUCGUCCCAUCCUGAAGCAGGAACCGGAGGAGAUCAAGCUGCCUCUUGACAGGGAGAUUGCAGCGGAGACCAAAGGACCUCUAUUAGACAUGGUGUCUGUGCCCAUACCAUCAAGGGCUGCCGAGGAGAAGGCCGUGUCUUUCAACAUGGGUGACUGCGAAGACGUUCCAGAGAGAGAGAAAUGUCAGAGCAUGGAGACCAACAUUGACCAGUCUCUGAACGGGGCCGUGCGGCUGCCGAGCGGGAACCACGUGCAAUUCAACCAGACGGUCAGCAACCAGAUUAAUUCCAGCGGGCAGUUUCAGUAUCACACCGUACACAAAGAUUCCGGCUUGUACAAGGAAUUGCUACACAAGCUGCACUUGGCCAAGGUGGGAGACUGCAUGGGAGACUCUGGCGAGAGGCCGCUGCGUCGCAAUAACAGUUACACCUCCUAUACCAUGGCGAUCUGCGGGAUGCCCCUGGAUUCCUUCCGGACGCGGGAUGCCGAAGCAAGACCAGAAGAGGCAGAAAAACUGACCUGGCAAGGGGCCGAUGGGAAAAAGAGGACGCGCAUGGACAGUUACACCAGUUACUGCAAUGCUGUGGCUGAUGUGCAUGGGGAGAUGGGAGCCGAGGAGCAGGAAGAAGUAAGCCCCGAGGAUGGAAAUGCCGACCGGAAAAGCAGCAACUCCUCCCUGGGAGAAUGGCAGGACCAGGACAAGCCAGAGGUGUCUCUUCUCUUCCAGUUCCUCCAGAUCCUUACAGCAUGCUUCGGCUCCUUUGCCCACGGCGGAAACGAUGUCAGCAAUGCAAUUGGACCCCUUGUUGCCCUAUACCUUGUUUAUACGACCCGUGAUGUAGCAACCAAGGCUGCCACCCCCAUCUGGCUGCUCUUGUACGGCGGCGUCGGUAUCUGCAUCGGUCUGUGGGUUUGGGGACGCAGAGUUAUCCAGACCAUGGGCAAGGACCUCACCCCGAUCACACCGUCAAGUGGAUUCAGUAUCGAGUUGGCGUCGGCCCUUACUGUGGUGAUUGCAUCAAACGUCGGCCUCCCUAUCAGCACAACUCAUUGCAAGGUCGGUUCGGUGGUAUCCGUCGGAUGGCUGCGAUCCAAGAAAGCUGUGGAUUGGCGGCUCUUCAGAAACAUCUUCCUGGCCUGGUUUGUUACGGUGCCGAUCUCUGGCCUCCUCAGCGCUGGCAUCAUGGCGAUCUUCAAAUACACCCUCCCCGGUGUGUGACGGAGCGCGCUGCCAGGGAACACCUCUCAGGACCACCAAUACAGAUCACGCAGCCCAUCAGCGCCCGCCGCCUCCCUAUACCUCUCCUGUAAGAGGGGCUCAAACCUACAAAUUCAUAUUAUGCAAUGCCGCCGCUCGCAGGAUGAGGUUGAGUGCUUUAAGGGGGGGGCACUAAAAUAGAUAAAAAGGGGGGGAAACCCAUGUGCUGUAAAACUGCUUCAGAAAUUGACUCACAAACCCAAUCUACCUGUGUAAACAUACCAGUCAUUCCUCAGUAUUAAUGUCUUCUGUAUAUAGAACUGCUCGUGGGUCCGUUUCUUAUUUCACUGUAAAUGUUUUGCUCACCUUGUUUGAAAUCAUAAUUGUCGAGAGGGCUCUCCCCUCCCUGCUACAUAUUUUACUUUGUUUUGUCUAAUUGGGGAUGAGGGUUAAUUUCCAGGGACUUGCUCCAUACUCUUAAUUAGCGAAGCUUUGCAUAUCAUGCGAGAACCGAGAUAUCAUGAAAGGUAAACUUAGUGGGAGAUUGUUUUGUAAAUACUGCUUAAAAGCAUCUGUUCAUUAUGGGCACAACACAAGGAGCUGCACACAAUACAUUUGCUGUGUAGUACUUUGUGGGUCCUGCUGCUGUUUGUGGUGAGUUUCCCCCAAUCCCCCCCCCCCCCCGUUGAAAAUAUCAUGUGGACGGAGAGCUGGGUGGCUCCGGUGGAUGGAUGCGCCGUUUUGGUCAGAUCGCGAUACAAGUUCGAACAUCUGUCCUUUUAUUGUACCCAUAUCACUGAUUUUGUUCUUGUUGCUGGUGAAGCCAAAAUAAAAAUAGCACUAAUCCAACCCAA